UUCCCUUCCGCGAUUCAUUCCUGAUAAUCUCCCCAUAUGAGUAAACGACGUGAAGUUCGCUGUUCUGCUUCUCAUCACCGACUCUCUCAACUUUAUUCUUCCAUGUCCCCACCCAUCUUCUUCUUUACACUCUUCCCUUUUCUUCUUUCAUCAUUCAUGUCUUCUUCCCUUCUUCAUUCACUCACUUUCCUUCCACUCCUCAGUCUCGCCUCUAAUGGCCUUUGCAGAUUAUAAACUCUGGUAGCAAUGGCGGUCGCGCGUUCCUUCUUUAAUGGGUUCAUCUCUCUCUUCCUCCUCCUCAUCGUCUAUCUUGGUUGCUUCAUAUUCCCAAACACCAAUCGUGCUUCAACGAAGAAGCGAAAGGUAUCUCCUCUCUCUCCUUCUUCCACUCCAUCUCGUCUCAAAUCAUCACAGAAAGCCUUCUCUUCCUCUUUCUCCUUCCUAAAGCGCAUCCUCCACUUCAACAACUCCAAGGGAGAUAAUGAGCCACAACUACAACUACGAGUGCUCCCACAACCCAUAACCCCAACAUCAUCCGCCGGAUCGUCGCAACAGUUAACAGUACCAGAUACAUCACGGACGAGGCAAAUCGGACCCGUACAAGAGCCCGAUAUCUCUCUCGAUCAUCCCUCAUUUCCUCUCCGAAACGAUAUCUUUCCAUGCCCGAUCUGUGGUGAAGUGUUUCAGGAGAACCAGCUUUUAGAACAGCACCAAUCGAUCCAACACGCUCUUUCAGAGCUCUUUGAUGGUGAUUCAGGUAAGAAUAUUGUUCAGAUCAUUUUCAAAGCUGGAUGGAACGAAGAAGGGAAGCAGAACCCUAUAAUCCACCACGUGCUCAAAAUCCACAAUAGCCCCAAGAAGCUAUCGAGGUUCGAAGAGUAUAGAGAGAACGUGAAGUCCAGGGCGUCACGAAACGGAGUGAAGAGAAGGGAUGAGCGUUGCAUCGCUGAUGGAAAUGAGUUGUUGAGGUUUCACUGUUCCACGUCGGCGUGUGGGUUGGGACAGAAAGGGAAUUCUAGUAUUUGUAACCAGUGCUACUGCAGCGUAUGUGGGAUCAUAAGAUCGGGUUUCUCGGCGAAAAUGGAUGGGAUAUCGACGCUGUCGAGUAGCUGGAGAGCACACGUGGCACUUCCGGAUGAAAUCGAGGAAGAUUUUGCUUUUAUGAACGUGAGGCGUGCCAUGUUGGUUUGUCGAGUCAUAGCGGGUCGAAUCGGAUGUGAGGGUGACCAGGAGGUGGUUGAUAAGGAAGAUGCUCAGUAUGACUCGGUCGUUGGGGGGAGUGGUGGAGCCCAGUCCAGGUUGGAUGCAGAUGAGCUUUUCGUUUUUAAUCCAAGGGCGGUGCUUCCCUGUUUUGUGAUAAUAUACAGCGUGUGAGUAUGACUGUUUGUGGUUUUGCCCUUCUUUUUAAUUUCUAAGUUAUAUAUUUUUCUUUUUCUGAAAAACUUUGAACUGUAUGAGGAAGAUGAGUGUAACAGGUAAGAUAGGAGAUGUUUCAUGAUGUGUAGUGGUCGAGUGUUCAAGUGUACUCUCUCUCAUGGAGUCACGGGGCUUGGCAAUAAAUUUGUAUAUCUUUAAAUUCA